AUGUACGCCGGAGAAGACUGUCCAAAGGUCGAUCCUGUCCCCAUAGACCCUCCUAAGCGUCCCGCCCCGUCCUACACGUUCUGCAGCGAAAUUCAACCCGGCUCCAAGCGAACGUCGUCCCACACGGAACCCUUGUCGUCGGUGGCGACAGUUCGACAUGGCAACCUCAUGGCGACAGCUAGUUAUGACGGGCUGGUGCGCCUUUGGGACACGACGUCCCUGAAGCUGGCCAACACGCUGAAGCCGGUUGACGACGACAAAUGGCCCGUCUCGUUCGUCCGCUUCUCACCAAACGGCAAAUUUGUGCUGGCCGGAUACCACAAUAGCAAAAUACGACUAUGGGACGUGAACAACGGAAAGGCGUUGAGGAUAUACGAGGGUCAUCAGCAGUCAAAAUAUUGCACGCCAACCCACUUUGCGAUCACUGGCGGAAAGUACAUCAUAAGCGGUUCGGAGGACGGAGAUGUUGUCGCGUGGGAUAUGCAAGAUACCAGCAUUCUCCAGAGAUGGCGUGCCCAUGAGAGCUGCCUAAUCGCCAGCGAUUGCCACCCGCGUACGAAUCUGCUCGUGACCGCCGCCCUCGAUGACGACUAUUCGAUUAAACGAUGGACAUCUCCGCAA